AUGUUCCGCUUCAGCAAAACCCUCGACCCAAUCACCCUCUUCCACUCGCCCAGCCUCGCCCCUUCAACCCGGGUUCUGAACAUUCUCAAGCAAGCCUCGAUCGCGGCCUCCGAAACCGCAACCGAAGACCAGGCUUCCGACCACAGCGCCCACGCCAAGCAGCAACGCGGCGACUUCGAGCUCGAGGUGACCACCUCCGCGCCUACGGCUGACCAGCUGCGCAGCAUACUGGAGUAUAUCAGUCCCGUUAGCGGUGUUGGUGGCCAGGGCGAUAAGGCGACGUAUGGAGUUGCGGAGCUGGUGAAGGGGGCUAAGGAUGCAGAGGAUGCGAUUAAGAGAUUCAAGGAGGACUCUGAGCGGUUUGUGCGGCCUGUGACUGUUGACUGGGUCAACGGGCGCGCUGUCAUCGGCGACGACAAGUCUGAGAUCCUGCGCAUGGUGCGCCAGCUUCCCACGAACUAA